AUGAUCAACACCAUCCACAACAUGGCUUUCAAGAUCCACUACUCUAAAACACACCAGUCGCAACAUGUGGUGUAUUUCCUCCAGUGCACUAAGUACUCCAACAACAAAUAUGAGAUGUAUGGCAAAGGGUCAUGGGAAGAUGGAAACCAAAGCUCCUUGGGGGAAUUCAUCCUGCUAGGGGUGUCUGACCGGCCACAAUUGGAGCUGCUGCUCUUUGUGCUCAUUUUAAUCUCCUACACCAUGACCUUGUUUGGAAACACCACCAUCAUCAUGAUCUCAUGGCUCGACCCCCAUCUCCACGCGCCCAUGUAUUUCUUCCUCAGCAACCUCUCUUUCCUGGACCUCUGCUACACCACCAGCAUUGGCCCCCAGAUGCUGCUGAAUUUCCGAAGCACCCACAAAUCCAUCUCUUGGGCUGGCUGUGUAGCCCAGCUCUACAUCUCCCCCUCACUGGGUUGCACCGAGUGCCUCCUGCUGGCCAUCAUGGCCUAUGACCGCUAUGCCGCCAUCUGCCAGCCGCUGUGCUACACGGCUAUCAUGAGCCUCCGUCUCUGCCUGCAGCUGGCAGCCACCGCCUGGUUGUGCAGCUUCGGCAACUCCGUCCUGCAGACCAUUCGGACCAUGAGGCUGCCCCGAUGUGGGCGGAACCAAAUUGAUAACCUCUUCUGUGAGGUGCCGGCCCCGCUGAAACUGGCAUGCAUCAACACCUCUGCCAAUGAGGCCGAGGUCCUCGCCAGUUCAGUGAUUUUCCUGCUGGUUCCACUGGGCUUCAUCCUGAUGUCCUACGGCUACAUAGGCGCCACCGUGCUGAAGAUUCGCUCAGCGAAAGGGAGGCUCAAGGCUUUCAACACCUGUGCCUCCCACCUUGUUGUGGUGUUGCUGUUUUAUGGCACGGGCAUUUCCAUGUAUCUACAGCCUCCAUCCAGCUACUCCCAGCACCGGGGUAAGAUAGUAUCCCUCUUCUACACCAUGGUGACCCCCAUGCUCAACCCCCUCAUCUACACACUGAGGAAUAAGGAGGUGCACAGGGCACUGCGCAGGGCACUGAGGACUGCCCAGGGGGUCUGA